UGCUCUGCGCCCUGCGAGCCAAGGUGUGCGGGGCCUCCGGCCAGUUCGAGUUGGAGAUCCUGUCCAUGCAGAACGUGAACGGGGAGCUGCAGAACGGGAACUGCUGCGGCGGCGCCCGGAACCCAGGGGACCGAAAAUGCACCCGCGACGAGUGUGACACGUACUUCAAAGUGUGCCUCAAGGAGUACCAGUCCCGCGUCACGGCCGGGGGUCCCUGUAGCUUCGGCUCCGGGUCCACUCCUGUUAUCGGGGGCAACACCUUCAACCUCAAGACUAGCCGCGGCAAUGAACGCAACCGUAUCAUUCUGCCUUUCAGUUUCGCCUGGCCGAGGUCCUACACUUUACUCGUGGAGGCGUGGGAUUCCAGCAACGACACUGUCCAACCUGACAACAUCAUUGAAAAGGCUUCUCACUCGGGCAUGAUAAAUCCCAGCCGGCAGUGGCAGACGCUAAAGCAGAACACAGGGGUUGCCCAUUUUGAGUACCAGAUCCGUGUGACAUGCGAUGACUAUUACUAUGGGUUUGGCUGCAAUAAGUUCUGCCGACCCAGAGAUGACUUCUUUGGACACUACGCCUGUGACCAGAAUGGCAACAAAACUUGCAUGGAAGGCUGGAUGGGCCCCGAAUGUAACAAUGCUAUUUGCCGACAAGGCUGUAGUCCAAAGCAUGGGUCUUGCAAACUCCCAGGUGACUGCAGGUGCCAGUAUGGCUGGCAGGGCCUGUACUGUGACAAAUGUAUCCCACACCCGGGGUGCGUCCAUGGCACCUGUAACGAGCCCUGGCAGUGCCUCUGUGAGACCAACUGGGGCGGUCAGCUCUGCGACAAAGAUCUCAAUUACUGCGGGACUCACCAGCCGUGUCUUAAUCGAGGAACUUGUAGCAACACGGGUCCUGACAAAUAUCAGUGCUCCUGCCCUGACGGCUAUUCAGGACCCAACUGUGAAAUUGCAGAGCACGCCUGCCUCUCUGAUCCCUGCCACAACAGAGGCAGCUGCAAGGAGACCUCCCUGGGGUUUGAGUGUGAAUGUUCUCCAGGCUGGACGGGCCCCACCUGCUCCACAAACAUUGAUGACUGUUCUCCAAACAACUGUUCCCACGGGGGCACCUGCCAGGACUUGGUUAAUGGAUUUAAGUGCGUGUGCCCACCCCAGUGGACUGGCAAAACGUGCCAGUUAGAUGCAAAUGAAUGUGAGGCCAAACCUUGUGUCAAUGCCAAAUCCUGUAAGAAUCUGAUUGCCAGCUACUACUGUGAUUGCCUCCCGGGCUGGAUGGGUCAGAAUUGUGAAAUAAAUAUUAAUGACUGUCUUGGCCAGUGUCAGAAUGACGCAGCCUGUCGGGAUUUGGUUAAUGGUUAUCGCUGUAUCUGUCCACCUGGCUAUGCAGGCGAUCACUGUGAGAGAGACAUCGAUGAAUGUGCCAGCACCCCCUGUUUGAAUGGGGGUCACUGUCAGAAUGAAAUCAACAGAUUCCAGUGUCUGUGUCCCACUGGUUUCUCUGGAAACCUCUGUCAGCUGGACAUAGAUUAUUGUGAGCCCAAUCCCUGCCAGAACGGUGCCCAGUGCUACAACCGUGCCAGUGACUAUUUCUGCAAGUGUACCGAGGACUACGAAGGCAAGAACUGCUCCCACCUUAAAGACCACUGCCGCACAACCCCCUGUGAAGUGAUUGACAGUUGCACAGUGGCCAUGGCUUCCAAUGACACGCCUGAAGGGGUGCGGUAUAUUUCCUCGAACGUCUGCGGUCCCCAUGGGAAGUGCAAGAGUCAGUCAGGAGGCAAAUUCACCUGCGACUGUAACAAAGGCUUCACUGGAACAUACUGCCAUGAAAAUAUUAAUGACUGUGAGAGCAACCCCUGUAAAAAUGGUGGCACUUGCAUCGAUGGUGUCAACUCCUACAAGUGUAUCUGUAGCGACGGCUGGGAGGGGGCCUACUGUGAAACCAACAUUAAUGACUGCAGCCAGAACCCCUGCCACAAUGGGGGCUCGUGUCGUGACCUGGUCAAUGACUUCUACUGUGACUGUAAAAACGGGUGGAAAGGAAAGACCUGCCACUCGCGUGACAGCCAGUGUGAUGAGGCCACAUGCAACAAUGGUGGCACCUGCUAUGACGAAGGAGAUGCUUUCAAGUGUAUGUGUCCUGGAGGCUGGGAAGGAACAACCUGCAACAUAGCCCGAAAUAGUAGCUGCCUACCCAACCCCUGCCAUAACGGGGGCACCUGUGUGGUCAAUGGCGAGUCCUUCACCUGUGUCUGCAAAGAAGGCUGGGAGGGGCCCAUCUGUACUCAGAAUACCAAUGACUGCAGUCCUCACCCCUGCUACAACAGCGGCACGUGCGUGGAUGGAGACAACUGGUACCGGUGUGAAUGCGCCCCUGGUUUUGCUGGGCCUGACUGCAGAAUAAACAUCAACGAAUGCCAGUCUUCACCUUGUGCCUUCGGGGCAACCUGUGUGGAUGAGAUCAAUGGCUACCGUUGUGUCUGCCCCCCAGGGCACAGUGGUGCCAAGUGCCAGGAAGUUUCAGGGAGAUCUUGCAUCACCAUGGGGAGUGUGAUCCCGGAUGGGGCCAAGUGGGAUGAUGACUGCAAUACCUGCCAGUGCCUGAAUGGAAGGAUCGCCUGCUCCAAGGUCUGGUGUGGCCCUCGACCAUGCCUGAUCCACAAAGGGCACAAUGAUUGCCCCAGUGGGCAGAGCUGCAUCCCAAUCCUGGAUGACCAGUGUUUUGUCCACCCCUGCACUGGUGUGGGCGAGUGUCGCUCAUCCAGUCUCCAGCCAGUGAAGACCAAAUGUACUUCUGACCCCUAUUACCAGGAUAACUGUGCAAACAUCACAUUCACCUUCAACAAAGAGAUGAUGUCCCCGGGUCUUACCACGGAGCACGUUUGCAGUGAGUUGAGGAAUUUGAAUAUUUUGAAGAAUGUUUCUGCCGAAUAUUCAAUCUACAUAGCCUGUGAGCCUUCCCCUUCUGCAAACAAUGAAAUACAUGUGGCCAUUUCUGCUGAAGACAUACGGGAUGAUGGAAACCCUAUCAAGGAAAUCACCGACAAAAUUAUAGACCUUGUUAGUAAACGUGAUGGGAACAGCUCUCUUAUCGCUGCCGUUGCGGAAGUGAGAGUUCAGAGGCGUCCUCUGAAGAACAGAACGGAUUUCCUGGUCCCUCUGCUGAGCUCUGUCCUGACCGUGGCUUGGAUCUGUUGCUUGGUGACUGCCUUCUACUGGUGUGUGCGGAAGCGACGGAAGCCCAGCAGCCACGCCCGCUCAGCCUCCGAGGACAACACCACCAACAACGUGAGGGAGCAGCUGAACCAGAUCAAAAACCCCAUUGAGAAGCAUGGGGCCAACACGGUCCCUAUCAAGGAUUACGAGAACAAAAACUCCAAAAUGUCGAAAAUAAGGACACACAACUCGGAGGUGGAGGAGGAUGACAUGGACAAGCACCAGCAGAAAGCCCGGUUUGCCAAGCAGCCAGCGUACACGCUGGUAGACAGAGAGGAGAAGCCCCCCAAUGGCACGCCGGCCAGACACCCAAACUGGACAAACAAACAGGACAACAGAGACCUGGAGAGCGCCCAGAGCUUAAACCGAAUGGAGUACAUCGUAUAGCAGACAGCAGGUGCCACCUCCGCCGCUAGGUAGAGUCCAAGGGCACACGGGGCUAUCGUUCUUUAACUGUCCUAGUCCAGUCUGAGGCUGUUGUUGACCUAGAAUCCCUGUGUUAAUUUAAGUUCUGACAAGCUGGCUUACACUGGCAAUGGUAGUUUCUGUGGUUGGCUGGGAAUUCAAGGGCUGCAUCUCACAGCUAUGCAAAAACCAGUCCAAAGUGCCCUGGUGCACGGUCCCUGCAGCCACCACGUCUCGGAUCGGCUCCCAGGAGCAGGCCCGGUCCCUAGGCCUUGAGCUUCCACUUCUGCCAGAUGUCCCGAUGGUGAUGCAGUCUUAGGAUCAUAGUUUUAUUUAUAUUUAUUGACUCUUGAGUUGUUUUUGUAUAUUGGUUUUAUGAUGACGUACAAGUAGUUCUGUAUUUGAAAAGUGCCUUUGCAGCUCAGAACCACAGCAACUAUCACAAAUGAGUUUAUUAUUUAUUUUUUUUAUUGUAUUUUGUCGUCAUUGGGGGAGGGGGGACUUUGAUGUCAGCAGUUGCUGGUAAAAUGAAGAAUUUAAAGAGGAAAAAUGUGUCAAAAGUAGAAUUUUGUAUAGUUAUGUAAAUAAUUCUUUUUUUUUUUUAAUCACUGUGUAUAUUUGAUUUAUUAACUUAAUAAUCAAGAGCCUUAAAACAUCAUUCCUUUUUAUUUAUAUGUAUGUGUUUAGAAUUGAAGGUUUUUGAUAGCAUCGUAAGUGUAUGGCUUUAUUUUUUUGAACUUAUUUUCUUACUCUGUGUUGCCUAUAAGCCAAAAUUAAGGUGUUUGAAAAUGGUUUAUUUUUAAGACAAUAGGAUGGGCUUCUGGAAUACUGGUGGAUUUUU